UUUGUUGCUCCCUUCCCUCCCUCCCCCGACUCCCUGGAGCUAGAUUUCCCCAGCUAUAGUUCCAGUCGCAGCAGACACGUCCCGCUCUCUUCCAAGCGGGAGAUGUUCUUCUGCGAGGGUCCCCCGGUGCCCGGCACGGUUCCGGCAGCUGCGCCUCCGCCGGGCUCGGCACCGAGAGAGGGUGGCACCUCGCCGUACGCCAGCAACGGGCGCCACGAGGCAGAGGGCUACGUCGGCUUCGCCAGCCUGCCAAACCAGGUGUACCGGAAGGCCGUUAAGAAAGGCUUCGAGUUCACUCUCAUGGUGGUCGGGGAGUCCGGCAAGUCGACGCUGCUCAACUCGAUGUUCCUGACGGACGUGUACUCGAACGAGUACCCGGGGCCCUCCUAGCGGGUCAAGAAGACGGUGCAGGUGGAGACGACGCGGGUGGUGCUGCGCGAGGGCAGCGUGCACCUCUGCCUGACGGUGGUGGACACGCCGGGUUUCGGGGACGCCGUGGACAACAGCCAGUGCUGGCAGCCCGUGGCGGACUACGUCGAGGCCCAGUUUGCCCGCUACCUGGACGCCGAGUCCCGGGUGCACCGCUCGGCGCUCUCCGACGGACGGGUGCACUGCUGCCUCUACUUCAUCGCCCCCUCGGGUCACGGGCUCAAGCCCCUGGACGUGGAGUUCAUGAAGCGCCUGCACGACAAGGUGAACAUCAUUCCCGUGGUGGCCAAGGCCGACACCAUGACACCCGAGGAGUGCAGCCUCUUCAAGAGGACCAUUCUUAACGAGAUGACCCAGCACAAAAUCCGACUCUACGAGUUUCCCGACUGCGAUGACGAGGAGGAGAACAAGCGCCAGAAGCCCCUCAGGGAGCGGGUGCCCUUUGCGGUGGUGGGCAGCAACACGGUGGUGGAGGUGAACGGCAAGCGGGUGCGCGGCCGCAAGUACCCCUGGGGGGUUGCAGAGGUGGAGAACAUGGAGCACUGUGACUACCUCGCCCUGCGCAACAUGCUGCUCAGGACCCACAUGCAAGACCUAAAGGACAUCACCAACAGCGUGCACUACGAGAACUACCGGUGCCGCAAGCUGGCCGGGGGCGCGGCAGACCCCGGCCGGUCCAACAAGAACCCCCUGGCCCAGAUGGAGGAGGAGAAGAAGGAGCACGAGGCCAAGAUGCAGCGCAUGGAGAAGGAGAUGGAGCAGGUCUUCGAGAUGAAGGUGCGCGAGAAGAUGCACAAGCUCAAGGAGUCCGAGGCCGACCUGCAACGGAGGCACGAGCAGAUGAAGAAGAGCCUGGAGCAGCAGAAGCUGGAGCUGGAGGAGAAGCGGAGGAACUUCGAGAAGGAGAAGGCAGCCUUCGACCUGGCCCACCGCGACAUGGACGACGUCUUCCGCAAGAUGGCCGUCGACAGCAACUCAAAAGAACAACUGGACGGGAAGGAAAAGCGUAAGGAAAAGAAGAAAGGGCUCUUUUAGAGGGUUGAGGUCUCGCCAAGCAUUGCUGCUGCCGCGCCCGCAGCAAGAGGACCCGUGGUCGGGUGAACCGACGUCUCCCUCUUCGCCUCUGCUCUUCCCAUGCGGGUGUGCUGACGAGCGGCGGCUCCGAUAGACCGGCCGGGUUGAGAGCGUAUCUCCAGGAAGGGGAACAAGUGGAGGGUUUGCUCGCGUGCAAGCCGGACAAAGCGCUCAAAGGACCCUCGUUUAUUCGGUGCAGGAUGUGUUCGUUAACUGUGUAGUGCUUUUCAAAAAUGCCAUCUCGUGUAAUUGUGCCAGUAAUGUGUCGUUUUUAUGCCGGUUGCCUCGACUCUCCGACGAUCGAGGUGGGAUUUUCUAAAGUCCGUCGUUUGCCACGGCCGAGGAAUCUGAAAGUUCAAGGCUCGCUCACACAUACACCUGAGCGCUACUUCAGCGCUAAAAGUGGGCACUGGAAACAGCACUGACCCUGCUUAUGUGGCACUGACUUUUUACGUUAUAUAUGAUAGAGCGCCGCACUAGUGUGGACCGGCCUUAAGGCUGGUUCACACACGUAUCUCGGGGCUGCAUCAGCGCUGCAUUCUGUGUGUAUGCAAGAGAAGGCAGCAUGACACGCGUCUGAGCGCCGAUACAGAGCUAACAUAGUGCAAAGUUUGCACUUUUGCUAGUGUGCCGAAUUAGUGCUAUGGUGCAUCUGUGAACAGGCCUUUACUGCAACGGUCACAGUGUGGUCACAAACAAACCGAAGAACUUCUUUCAGCUCUGUAUUGGGACUUGACUGGUGCCAUAGCUAUCUCAGUCUGACCUACCUGCGCUUCACAUUGCAAUCAGUACGCCCGUCAGACAACAUUCCUACGAGCACACGUAGCAGGGCUCUGCUGAGGUGCUUUUUUUUUUCACUGUGUGAAUGGUGUUUAGGAGCAAUUUAAAUGCGCCGAGAAGAGUCGUGUUUGUGCAGCGGCGCCAUUGAAACCUCGAUGCAAAGAUAUAAGGCGGAUAAUUUCUCUCGCACGGCCAAAGAAUACCGCUUGUGUUUUGCUGUUUCUUGUGUCUUUCAGUUUAUAUUUAUGUAUAGGUAUGCAUUUUUGGCUAUUUAUUUGUGCUGGCUCAGCCCACCGCUCAAGUAGAUGCCAUUGGAAAAAAAAAGAAAUUGUUUUCAUUCCUUCGUAUAAAUUUUGUUCAGUGUUUUUUUGUACAAAGGUAGUAUGAAUAAACAUUUUAAGCUAUGGAA